AUGGAACCGAUAAACAGUUGCAACAACGCUGCUGUUGACAGUGGUGGUGGUGGUGGAAGUGGUGAACAAUCUUCAUCAUCAUUAACAUCUUCAACCAAUAUAACUAGUAUUGUACAGAAACUAAUGAAUAAUAAUAAUAACCAAAACAAUAUAAUGAGUGGUCGUGAAGGUGAGGAUAUACCAUCUUCUCUACCAUCGGUCAAACUGUUGGGAAAGGUCUAUCAGACACAAUCCAACAAUCACAUAAAAUCUCAACAAAUCCUGGUUGGCAAAUCAUUUCAAAAAAAGACUACAACCAACGACACUACUACUACAAAUGGAGAAAGUACUAGUACAAGUACUAGUCCAUUUAAACUUAGAGGUUCUGGUGAUACGAAUAUAAUCAAUAAUAAUAAUGGUAGUAAUGUAGUAUCUGAUGAUACUACAAUAACAACAACAACAACAACAACAACAAAAUCAACAUCUACUACAACCAAUAUUGUACCACCUUUGAAUUUAAAUAUUGGAUCUUCAUCCCCUCCAACAGAGACAACAACAACGAAUGAAGAACAAAAAGGUGAAAAUCAAUCUCCAUCUUCAUCAUUUGCAUCUACGUCUUCAUCGUCGUCGUCAUCAUCAUCGUCGUCUGAAACCAAAGGAUGGAAAACACAACAUUCAGUUCCACUUUCUCCACCAACAGUAUCACGUAAAAUAAGAAAUAGUUAUCGUAGCUCAAAGUUGAUUGAUAGUAAUAGUGGUGAUGAUGGUGAAAGCAAUAAUAGUGUUAAUAGUGUUGGAGGAGGAGGAGGAAUUCCAUAUUAUAAUCGAUCGAUAUCACCAACUACUACACACUAUAUGAAUGAAUUCCCACCAUUGGCACCUGUUCCAGCGAGAAAUACAAAUGGACAACAUGGACAACACCAACAACAUCAACAACAACAACAACAACAACAACAACAACAUAAGGAUAUAAUAGAUCAUCCAAUAAGUCAAUCAUAUUCAGGGCCAUCGUCAUCGUCAACGAAUAGUAGUGGAGGUGGAGGAGUUGGUGGAGCAUUUAAAAACUUUAAUCGUAAUCAUCAAGCACAUAGAGUGGCAGGUGAUUGGAGAGACAAGGUAUUUACCCAGGGUGUAACAGCUAAUCUAGACAGAAAAGAGCGAAGAAACUUGUUGAUUGGGUCAAGAGAACCAUCAUUGCUUAUGAGUAACGAUGUUGAUGAGACAGGUGGUCUUACUAUAACUACAUCGACCAUGGAUGAAGAAGAAAAAGAGGUACAAAGCUUGGUAGAUAAAUUUAGAGUUAGAAAAGGAUCAAACUCUCGUAAAUCUAAACUCACCUCUAAAGAUGUAGAAUGGAUUACAAAGAAAUUUGUUGAUCAACAAGAAGAUAAUAAUAAUAAUCCAAAAGAACAGGAAAUGGAAAAAGAAAAGGAAACUAACAAUAAUAAUAAUGUAAAAAUCAAACAACAACAAGAAUCAACAACAACAACAACAACAACAACAACUAGUACCAUUACGAUUACACCAGAAGUUUUAGAUAUAAAACAAUCAUUAAAUAAUGGAAAGAAUAAUAUGAAUAAUGGUAAUAUUAAUAGUAUUGGAAGAAGAAAGAGGGGAAAGACGGUUGCCAACCAGUAUGUACGUGCACCCAAGUUGUCGUCGUCGUCGCCGUCGUCAAUAGACAGUAGCGGCGAGGAAGACGAUGACGACGAUGAGAUUAUUACGCCCAUGUCCAUGCCGAGCUACCGGUUCCUCGAGGAGGCCGGCAAGCGCCGUUACCUAGUGGCCGAGCCGAGUCGAAAGCCAGGCAUCAAACCACCCCUUUUCUUGCACGUGCCGACGGUUGCCCACCCCAUCCAAUUCCACCAAAGCGCACCUGAAAAGAUCAACUCGUCUACGAUGUCUGUCGCAGUCGAGGAGAAUGUAAAUACACCCACUUCCCAGUCGCACCCAACUUCCACAUCUCUGCUGUACAAUCACCAAAUCAUUAACCGAGUUGCCCACGAUAAGGACUUGUCCUAUCAGUUUUUCCCAGCACUCUCUAUCUCCCACAAGGCUCCACAUCGUCAUCACCAUCACAUGACUAUUCUUCAAACUACUCCAAAUAUUAAUAAUAAUAAUAAUAAUAAGACUGGUGGUGGUGUAAAUACUGGUGGAGUUGUAGGUCAAGCCAAACAACCUGCAAAAAACAAUGCACUUGGUUUGGGGAUCAAGGGGUCGCCAACAUCAACGUCCACAUCACCGUCGUCUCCAUCUGGACUGGACGAUCCUAGUUAUUUGUCCAUGUCGCUGUCUCCCCCAUCCUCAUCGACUGCACCAAUCACAGAGUCUGUCCUCUCAGCCAGUUACACACCACGCACCAAUGAAGCUCAACGCAAGAGUUAUUGGCCAAUCAGGUUUGGUCAACAACCAACUCCAGUAGUCACAUCCAAACCUUCUGCCACACAACCAAUGGUCAAAGAUGGGGAUAAUAAUAAUAAUAAUAAUCAACAACAACAAGAGAAACAUUUGUUGGCAACAUCUCCAGACUCUGCAACUACAACUGCAUCACCUGCAUCUUCACUUGGAUCUUCACCAUCAAUCACUACUGGUAUAUCACCAGUUUCCGAUUCAAAUCAUCAAUCAUCUUCUUCUACUAGUCCUCCAACAGCUCAACAACAAACUACCAACUCAAAUUCUACAAUACUUAGAUCAGAUUCACCAAUUAAUGUAGAUAAUUUGUAUAGAGGUAUAGAAGAGGAUUUCAAAGAUCGUAGUGAUAUUUAUUUUGUCAAUAAUAAUAAUCUAAUUGGUAAUAAUGCCAAUGGUUCACCAAAUGUAUUUGCAUUGUCGAUUCAUAGUAAACGUGCCAUCAAGAUCAAGUGUGGUACUGUCGAUGCUUUGGUAGAGGCACUUACACACCAUCAACUAUCUGAUCCCAACUUUGCCGAAACCUUUUUAUUGACGUUCAAGACAUUUACAACGGCCGAUUACUUUUUAUCAAGACUUACGUAUCGAUACGAACAAGCCAGUCAUAUUGUCGAUGAUCGAGACCCAUCAAUGAGUGACGAACAACACCAAUCUCACUUGGAAAAACAAACCAUUAUUGCUCGUACCGUCAAACUACGAGUUUGUAGUAUCAUUAAAAUGUGGAUCGAUAAACAUUUCCAUGAUUUUGACAAAAGUCCAAAAUUAUUGGAUGAAUUGGAAAAUUUUGUAACUGGUCCACUUUGUGAAGAUGGUAUGGAAAAAAUUGCUCAAAAUAUUCAAAGAACUAUUCAAAGAAGAUUGGCAGGAGAACAAAAAGAUAUAAUAAUUCAUGGUAGAAUACCACCAGCAAUUAUACCAAAUUUAAAGAAUGAACAGAUACCAACAUUAUUUGUAUUUGAUGAUUUGGAGAUUGCAAGACAAUUGACAUUGAUCGAACAUGAAUCCUACUCGUUGAUUAAACCAUACGAGUGUGUAAAUUUAGCAUUUAGCAAACCUGGAAAGGAAGAAAAGGCACCCAACAUUUGGAAUAUCAUCAAACGUUCAAAUAACAUUCCACUUUGGGUUGCCACCGAAAUUGUACAAGAAGAAAGAUUAACAAAACGUGCAAAUAUUAUAAAGAAAUUUAUUUCAAUUGCUGAUCAUUGUAGAAAUUUAAAUAAUUAUAAUGCAGUAAUGGAAAUAUUAUCAGGAUUAAAUAUGACACCAGUGUAUAGAUUAAAAAAGACAUGGGAAACCAUAUCAAGAAAAUAUUUGGCAACUUUUAAACAUUUGAAUUCACUGAUGGCCAACAAGGGCAAUUUCAAGGUGUAUCGAGAUGUAUUGCACACCAAGAAUCCGCCGUGUCUCCCAUUCCUCGGUGUCUAUCUCACCGAUCUAACCUUUCUCGAGGAGGGUUCCCCCGAGACUCUGGAAGGCGGUCUCAUCAACAUGAUCAAACGUACGCAGUUAGCAGCCGUCAUUCAAGAAAUCCAACAAUUCCAACAACAACCCUACUCUUUUACACCCGUCCCUAUUAUUCGUGACUUUUUACUUCAAGUUCAAGGUUUACAAGAACGUGCAUUAUACAAACAAUCUAAAUUAAUUGAACCUUAA